UUCGAAGCUCUUCGGAAUCCAGACUACGUGAAUACGUGAUUUCAGUGGCAAUCGUCACCAUCGUCACAGCCAGAAUUCGAGGGGUCAAGUUUCAGCGAUACUGAGUUCGUAUGGUUAUGGUCUUAUUCCUGUGGUGUGGAGGAGCAUCAGAGGUGAGGGAAGCCUAGGGGGAGAAGCAAUGGCACAAGCCUUUGGAGGUAAUAGAGGCUUGCAACCGAUUGCUCCUGAGAAAGGGGUGUUCCCGCUGGACCAUCUUCAAGAAUGCAAACAGGCAAUGAGAGAGUAUAUGCAAUGCUUGAAAGAAAGUAAGUACUCGUCUGAACGGUGCCGGCAACUUUCUAAAGCAUAUCUCGAGUGUCGCAUGGAACGGAACUUGAUGGUGAAGCAGGACUUGAGCGAGUUAGGGUUCAAGGAACCGAGCAAGGACCCUCCAAAAGUUGAAGCUGUUGCCCGAACAGCCUCGGUUUGAUCAUUUGCGUUCUAGUGUGUCAGGAGAAUUUGUGGCAUCAACUUUACUGAAUAGAUUCUUAUCGUAGAAGAUUUGGAGUUAUUGCGGCCGACAUUGAAAAUUGAAUAUGAGCUUAAACAAUUUUGCUUGAGUUGAGAAUUUGAAGGAACAACCAUUCAUUCCUUGUGUUAUUACUUUUGAUAAAGACUUACUGUGCACCCAGUCAUUCUACAUUGCUUGCCUUGCUCUUAUGAGUGCCCACAUGCAAUUCUGUCUUGGAUAUAUGCAAAAUAAUGGUGACGAUUGCCAGUGUACUCAGUGACGAAGUUCUCAAAUUUGUUGCUCUCCAGGGAAGUUGUUACAAUGCUUGAACCCUCGGUAUCACCAUAUGAGGUGGGUAAAUAAGAGGACUGCUGUAAGUUCCUUCCCCAUCCCCUCCUUGGCCUUGCCUCUUAACAGUAUGACUUUUUGAUCCCUUCAUAAUAGCCUUGUUCUCCCAUGUUUCCAUCAUCUUAGAUAUCGGAUGAGACAUUUCUCACAUCAUAGCCUUGUUGGCCUUGGUAGAAUUCUGCUUUCAGUUUGAGGUUUGUGAUAUUGGAGAACGGUAAAUAUUUCUCACAAUCAAUAUCAGGGUCCUGUAUUUAAUCUCCAUUUUUCAUUUGGUAUAAAAUUUAUUUUGUAUUUUUA